UUAUUGGUUGAAUUUUUCAUAUUGUUAUGGAUGGGUUUAGGCAACUGAGGAAAUAUCGAAAUAUUUGGUUUUGAUGAAGAAUAUCUUGUAUGGUGAAGAUGAUCACGAACCUAGUCCAGACCUCGUUGCUCAGCUAGCUCAAGAAGUUUAUAGGACAGAUUUACUACAAUUAUUGGUUUUAAAUAUUCAUAAGUUUGAAUUUGAGGCUAAGAAAGAUGUCGCUCAAAUUUUCAAUAAUUUAUUGAGAAGACAGAUUGGUUCUCGUUGGCCUACCGUUGAGCAUCUAUGUGCCCGGGAGGAUAUCCUUUUCAACUUGUUAAGGGGUUAUGAGCAACCUGAAGUAGCGCUUAAUUGCGGUUUAAUUUUACGUGAAUGUAUCCGACACGAAGCAUUAGCAAAAAUCAUCUUGUAUUCGCCAAAGUUCUAUCAAUUUUUCGACUAUGUGGAAAUGAGCACAUUUGAUAUAGCUUCAGAUGCUUUUGCUUCUUUUAAGGAGAUUUUGACAAAACACAAGCCCAUGGUGGCCGACUUUUUAGAGUUGAACUAUGAUCAAUUUUUCGAACAUUAUAAAAACCUACUAUUAUCAGAGAACUAUGUUACUAAGCGGCAAUCAUUAAAGUUGCUGGGUGAAAUUUUGCUGGACAGAUCCAACUUUACAGUAAUGACGCGUUAUAUUAGUAAUGCAGAUAACUUAAAACUGAUGAUGAACCUACUCCGAGAUAGAAGUAGAAACAUUCAAUUCGAAGCCUUCCAUGUUUUCAAAGUGUUUGUUGCGAAUCCGCAUAAAACAAGACCCAUCGUGGAUAUCCUGAUUAAAAACCAGGAAAAGUUGAUUCAUUUCCUGGGCAAUUUCCAUAAUGACAGACAAGAUGACGAGCAAUUCAAUGAUGAAAAGGCGUUCCUUAUCAAACAAAUCCAGGAUUUACAACCUGUUCAGGAUUAAAAAAUAUCGUAAACCCAUACCAAUAAUACCUCGCUAACCACAACAUACAUUAUAUAUAUAUAUAUAACACCCUCGUCGCUCACAUACACGGCUACCUGCACAUAAAUACAACAUUUAUGAAGUCGUCAAUGCUAGCAUACUUUGUAUAUUUUUCUUUUAUAUUAAAAAUUUCAUGAAAAUCAAUUGCCAACCAUUGCUCCGAGAGCAACAACUAUAUUCUCAGUAUGUAAGAGUACAAUUUAUAUGGAAUAAGAAGUAACGCUUGAUUGG